GCGGCGCCGCCGCCAUUUUGGAGCUGCUGCCGCCGCCGCUCCGCCGCCGCUGCCCGCGCAGCCCCGGCCGGCCCAGCCCGCGGGCCCGGCCCGCAGCCCGGCCCGGCAGCGCCCGAGGGCAGCCCGGCACCCGCAGGAUUGGAAGCUUGCAAAGGAAUUCACACUGGAUGAAAACCAAUCCUGAAGCUGGGUCUAUUCCAGAAACUGUAACCCAAAUGUUUCUCUGUCCGAGGAGAUUUCACAUUUGAAGAAACUUCUACUGAAGGAUUCCAUGAAUUCUGUACCUGGUGCUGUGGCCAGAACAGGACUGUGAAGGGUUGUUGAGGAGCUGAGGUGAGAUGGUGAAGGGCAGAAUUGGAAGAGGAAAUGUUAAGCAAGAGGAAGAGCCCUGGAAGAGUCUCCUAGGAGUGGUCUGAACAAUGCCUUGCUUUGGUGUAACCCACAGCUUUUCCAAAAUUUCAGCCAGUCGUGUCCCAUCACCAUGUUCUGGAAGUUUGAUUUGAACACAACGUCACACGUGGACAAGCUGCUGGACAAGGAGGAUGUGACCCUGGAGGAGCUGAUGGACGAGGAUGACGUCCUGCAGGAGUGCAAGGCCCAGAACCGGCGGCUGCUGGACUUCCUGUGCCAGCAGCACUGCAUGGAGCAGCUGGUCACCCUCAUCACCCACGAGCCCCCCGUGGACAUGGACGAGAAGGUCCGAUUCAAGUACCCCAACACGGCCUGCGAGCUGCUGACCUCAGACGUGCCGCAGAUCAACGACAAGCUGGGCGGGGACGAGACCCUGCUCAACAUCCUCUACGACUUCCUGGACCACGAGCCCCCCCUGAACCCCCUCCUCGCCAGCUUCUUCAGCAAGACCAUCGGGAACCUCAUUGCACGGAAAACAGAACAGGUGAUCUCAUUUUUGAGGAAAAAGGACAAGUUCCUGAGCCUGGUGCUAAAGCACAUCGACACCUCUGCCAUGAUGGACCUGCUGCUGCGCCUCAUCAGCUGCGUGGAGCCCACGGCGCUGCGCCAGGACGUGCUCAACUGGCUGAAUGAAGCCAGGAUUAUCCAGAGACUCGUGGAGCUGAUCCAUUCGAGCCAGGAUGAGGAUAGGCAAUCCAAUGCUUCCCAGACCCUGUGUGACAUCAUCAGGCUGAGCAGAGACCAGAGCACUCAGCUCCAGGAUGUCCCGGAGCCAGAUCCACUUCUCACAGCACUGGAAUCGCAGGAGUGCGUGGAGCAGCUCCUCAGGAACAUGUUCGACGGGGAGCAGAGCGAGACCUGCAUCGUGAACGGAACCCAGGUGCUCCUGACGCUGCUGGAAACGCGGCGCUCCGGAGUGGAAGGCCUGAUGGACUCGUACACUCAGGGAUUCGAGAGGUCUUACACUGUCAACAGCAGCAUCUUACACGGCAUCGAGCCCCGGCUCAAGGACUUCCACCAGCUGCUGCUGUGCCCACCCAAGAAACCGGCCAUCCUGACCACGCUGGGGGUGCUGGAGGAGCCGCUGGGGAACGCGCGGCUGCACGGCUCGCGGCUGAUCGCGGCGCUGCUGCACGCCAACACGCCCAGCAUCAACCACGAGCUCUGCAGGCUCGGCACCAUGGACUUGUUACUUGAUUUAUUUUUUAAAUACACGUGGAAUAACUUUUUGCAUUUCCAAGUGGAGCUGUCCAUAGCAGCCAUCCUGUCCCACUCGGUGCACGAGGGGAAGCCCAGCCCGGGGGAGCCGGGCAGCAAAGAGGAGGCUCCGAGCGGGAGCGCGGCCCCUGAGCCCGCGGAGCCUGCAGAGCCCACACAGCCCCCUGCCAGAGCCACCGAGAACAUCAUGGUCACCCACCUGUUCCAGAAGUGCUGCCUGGUGCAGAGGAUACUGGACGCCUGGGAAGCCAAUGACAAAAUCCAGGCAGAGGGCGGCAGGAGGAGAGGGAACAUGGGGCACCUGACCCGCAUCGCCAACGCCGUGGUGCACAACAUGGAGAAGGGGCCCAUGCAGGCCCAGAUCAGUGACUUCAUCAAAGAGUUGCCUGAGGACUGCAGGGGCAGGUGGGAGAGUUUCGUGGAGGAGACGCUGACGGAGACAAACCGGAGAAACACGGUGGAUUUGGUGAGCACCCACCACCUGCACUCCUCCAGCGAGGAUGAGGACAUUGAAAGUUCUUUCCCCAACGAGCUCACUCUCCAGCAGGCCUUCUCCGAGUACCAGAUCCAGCAGAUGACAGCCAAUUUCGUGGAUCAGUUCGGCUUCAACGACGAGGAGUUUGCAGACCAGGAUGACAACAUCAACGCUCCCUUUGACCGCAUCGCCGAGAUCAACUUCAACAUCGAUGCCGACGACGACAGCCCCAAUGCCUCCCUGUUCGAGGCCUGCUGCAACGAGCGCAUCCAGCAGUUCGACGACAACGAGGAGGAGGAGGAUAUCUGGGAGGAGAAGGACAUCUCCUAUGCAACCCAGGUCAAGUCCAGGACACGGUUUGGAGCCUCACAGACGUCAGAGAGCUCCAAGAGUGACUUGGAGAACGGGGACCACGACGGCAGCGUGGACUCGGAGGAGGAGGAGGAGCGGCCACCACCCCCCUCCCCACACAAGGGCAGCACCCCGGAGCAGAAGGACUCAGACUCCUGCCAAGGGGCUGGCUGGACGGCCGUGUUCGAGCCCGCGGGCCCCACGCCGCCCGUGGCCAUGGACGUGGGCUCCAGCGUGUGGGACUCGGCCGCCCCGCAGAGCAGCGCCCCGGAGGAGAAGGGCUGGGCCAAGUUCACAGACUUCCAGCCUUUCUGCUGCUCCGAGUCCGGCCCUCGCUGCAGCUCCCCCAUGGACACCGAGAGCAGCGGCACCGACGGGACCCCGGCGCAGGGCCAGGACAAGAACUCCAGCACUGCUGCCUCUCCCUGUGUGUGGAACGCGUGUGGGACACGGAAGGCGCCGCUGGUGGCCCUGGACAGCAGCUCCUCGGGCAGCUCCGAGAGCGACGACGACGACGACGACAAGGCCAAGGCUGGCACGGACUCCACGGCCACAGCACAGGAGCCCAGCAAGGACAGGGCAGCUCCCUCCAGUGGCUCCGACGGAAAGGCCCCGGAGACGCUUCCCGGUGCCGAGUGCGGGGCCCGCCACAGCGCCGCCACGCACACGGACGGGCCCCCGAGGGUGGCCACUGCUGUCACAACUGCCACAGAAACGGCCACGAGAGACAGGAGUGACGAGGCCUUGCCCUGCGCCGAAGCCACGUUGAACGGCCCCGCUUGAUGCCGCUGCCGCCCUGGGACGUGUGUGAGCCAGGCCAGGCUGCUCCCUGGUGAUGCAAUUUGUCAAUUCUUUUUUUUUUUUUUUCAUUUUAAUUUUAUUUUUUAAUAAAUGCUGCAUUGAUGAGAGCGAGCUGGCAUUCAGGACCAGACACGCAGAUCCAACAGCACCGAUCCGUUCGGAAAGACACUCGGCAUUGUCGAAAUGUAGCAUUGAGUUCAGUCCUCACGGGAAUGACGGGCUCUUCCCAAGCCUUCUGCCUGAUUUCAGUUGUCCCCUUCCCCGUGCCCUGGUUUUUGUUUUGGAUUUGGGGUUCAGUGCUGUUUUCCCAGUGUUAUUGCACACAGUAUUCAGCUUCUCUUGGGAAGGUAGCAGGUCCAGCGGCAGCCGGGGCCAGCGCACAAAUCCCGCAGCCGUGUGACCAAAGUUCCUGAUGGAGCUGUCCUCGGGCAGCCUUUGCACCGCUUUGUAGAGCAAUAAAGCCUUACCAGAAACAUUUCACAGGAGAGGAGGAAUGCCAACACUUCCGUGGGGGAGCAGGGAGGGCUUGGAUUGGGUUGGCAGGGCCGAGGCCGGGGUUGUCCCCGCCGGAGCCGGGCAGUGACGCCGAGGCCCAGCUGUCCAGGGAGCGGGAUGUCCCUGCAUUCCAGCACUGCUCUCCAUGGACACGUGGUGGAUCAGGGCAGGGGCUGGGCCGGGGCAGAGGUGGCCUCUCCUGCCGAUGUCCGUGCUGGCCGCAGGGGACCCUGCCCACGAGGAGGUGACCAGGGGUUUGCUGGCUGUUUGGAGACUGAAUUAAUGUAUUUGCAAAUGAUGAUGGAAAUCCUUUUUCUGUUUUUUUUGUUCUGUUUUUGAAGUUUUUAAUGGAUGCAGGAACAGCAA